AUGGCAACUGCAAAUGGAAGUGCUAAUCCAGUUUUCAGAAGGCAAGCUUCAACAGGUUAGUUUGGUAGGGUAAGGGAAAUGGUGUUUGAUUUUUGGAUUAUCUUUUUUGAAAAUUCUUUUUUUUUCUGAUUGUGAGACAUUGAUUCGGUAUGGCAGUAAUUUUCAUUUGAAAAAAUUAUUAUUUCGUGUAUCUUUCCCUAUUUCAAAGAUUCUGUGAUUUUUUAUUUCUUCUGGAAUUUGUUUUUUUACUGCUGGCAAAGUUAAAUCUUGACUGUUUCUGGGAUUUUUUUAAAGACAUAAAAAACUUUUUUGAAAUUCAUAACAGCUUCAAAAUGCUCGUUAUUUUUUUCCUCGAUAAAAAAAGUGACAAACCCUCGCUGAAAACGUUGGAAAACAGAGUAUCUUCAACCACAAUUCUAGAAUUUUUCUCAAGAAUAAUUGUAUUUUAAUGAGCUUAUCCCUUAUUUUUAUCAGUAACCAUAAUAACAAAUCUUAAAAAUUCUCGCGACCGUUCUUUGAAACGAAUAAUCCCUACAUGGAAGUUAUCGUUUAUCGAAAAAGAGAUUAUCUUCCAGCAAAUCCAAAGAAUCACUACAUAAAUAAUUCAAGCUUUUAAAUUUAUCAGAAAAUCAAUCCAAUAAAAAGUUGAAAUUGUUUCAUAGAUCAAUCAAAGAUCGAGAGCGGUCUAACCACAAAUAUCAACCUCCCACACUUGAUAAAAUAACAGUUUGAAAAUAAAAAAAUUUGACGCAUCUUUCAUAUAAAUCCGUAGCUCAAUGAAAAAAUAACACUCUCACACUCUCAAAAAACGCUCAAACAAACACACACACACACAAAAAAGAAGGCAAGAAAAAAGAUAUCAAAACUAUUGAGCACAGCGCGCACUCUUUUUUCGUUGUCCAAAAAGUACUCAAAAUCGCGUCGGCUCCUUUUCUCUAUUGUUAAAUUUUAUUCUAACUUAUUCAGUUUAUAUAUUUUUUCUGUUUGAUACACUUUUUUUCUAUGUUUACUAGUCAUUCACAACAAUCAUCGCAAUAUGUUAGAAAUAAUGAAUCACCUUAUGGAUGUGUGAGAUUAAGACAUAUUAAUUAUGGCGAUGAGCAACGACAACUCAAUUCAUAUAAUCGAUUAUCGAAAAGAUUUAGUAAUAGAGAAAGUGUAUCAAAUUUUUCCGAAUUUUAUGCUAAUUAUGAAGCAUCUAUGUGUGAGUUCCUCUGUUUUUUUAAAUAAUUUUUGUUAAGAAAAUUCUUUGAUCUUACAUUAGAAAAAAACAGCAAAAUAUUCCUUUGAGACCAAUAUUUCGUUUACUGACAUGAAAACAAAACGGAGCAAAUAAGAUAUCGGGAUAAGUAAACUUUUGAAAUAAAAUAAACAUUUGAGCCGUUUUUUUAUAUUUCAAUGUGCAGAAAAAAUGUUUCACAAUGCACUUUGUCUAAAUUCUACAACUCAGGCAAAUUUGAUUGAUGUUUAUGGUAACUUUUAUGGAAUUUAUUUGUUAGGUGGUUUGCUAAUAAUUAUUUCAGCUUUCAAAAUUUUUUUGAAAUAUUAGUUUCAAUUUUUCAAAAUAUAACCUUUUUCAAUCAUAGACAAAAUGAUUCACCCUGAAAAUAUCAGAAAAACAAAAAAAUUCAGCAAUUUCCUGUUGAACCACAUAUUGAAUAUGUCUGCCUUCUACUUUUUUGAAUCCAGCCACUGAUCAUUAAUCAUUGAUUACAUAUAAAAAAAUAAAAUUAGAGCGGAGAUCUAGAGGGCAAAAAUCAUUCCUCAAAAAUUAUACCAGAAUCAAAUAAUUUCAUUUUUUCAGCUGGUGUCAAUCCUGUUAUGACAGUUGCUCUAACUCCCGUACCAAAAGUCGACUACAGUGUUACAAAAGGCGGUGCUAGAACAUGGAUAGUAUUAUUAGUAUUUGUAUUUUUAUGCUCUAGUUUAUACACAAUUUUUUCGGAUAAAAAUCUACGCUAUUCUGAUGUUCAUUCACAUCGAGGAUACGAUAAUGAUGAAGAUAAUAACUAUCAUAAUGUUCCGAGCGUAGAAGAUGACGACGACGACGAUGAUAAGUAAGUUUUUAUGAAAAAAACAAGUAUCUGAAAUUUUAUUCAAUAAUUUUCAGCCACGAGCCACCAGCAACUCGAAAAAAUGCGCCAUCCCAGCAAGCUCAAAAACCAGCACCACCCCAAGAUGAUGGUAAGUAAAUCAGCACAACUAUAUUUUCAUUGAAGUAUUUACAAUUUGAAUAAAAUGGAAAUAAUUUAAGAUGACGAUGAAGAAGAAGAAGAGACACAAGAUCAUUCACUUGGUGGAAGAUUAUUUGCUGGAUUGAGAAAGAAAAUCACUGAUCGACUGAUGGAAACCAAAUCAGAUGAAGAUGAGCAACAUGUGCCAACUAGAAGACAAAAAAUUAAAGAGCAAAAACAACAAGCUGCAAAGAGAAUUAAGAAACCAGUAAAAGUUGAAGAAGAAGAAGAGGAUGACGACGAUGAUGAUGAAGAUGAGACUCCAAAAGCUCCAGAACCUGUAAGAAAACAAGGUCGUCAACAACAACAUCAACAGAAGAAUAAAGAGGAGCAUAAACAUAAAAAGUAUGAGCAAGUGAAAGAAGAAGAAGAAGAGGAUGAAGACGACGAUGAUGAAGACGAUGAAGAGGAUAACGAGGAAAAUGAUUCCAAAUCCAGAAAGGUAGACAAAUUUCACCGUUUUUUUAAGUUUGCUCUCUUGAAUCCUCCUUAAAUUUAUAAAAUUGAAAUUCAACUAAAAAUGAUAUUUCGAUCAACCAAGGGAUGUAUAAAAAACCAACAAAUUUUAUUCACCGUUUUCUUGAUCUAUAAAAGUUUAGAAAACAAAAAUCUAUCAAAUUUUAGAAAAUCUAGGCUCUUUUUUUUAAUUUGGGCUCAGGCUCAUGGAUUUUUUCAAAACUUUGAUAAAUUAUUUUCUAACAGAGUUACGAGCUCUCAAAAACGCGAUUUUCAGGAAAUUCUCAACUCACAUGAGAUGAGAAAGAUUCUGUUUUCAGUUUUUGCUGAGCGACUCCCUAUAGAGCAAAAAAAUGAGCCGAAAGUUGAGAAUUUUCUGAAAAUCGCGUUUUUGAGAGUUUGUAACUCAUGUUAGAAAAUAUUUUAUUAAAAUCAGAAUACAGGGCACUAUAGUUGGCACUUUUUUGUAAUAAAAUUUACAUACAUAGUCCAUAAGUGUUUUUCAGAACAACAAUAAUGACAAAGGCGACGAAGAUGAAACAGACGACGACGACGAUGAAGAUGAUGAUAAUGAAGAGGAUGAAAAAAAUCAGAAAAAAUCAAAUAAUGAUAAGAAAGAAGAUUCUGCAAAUUCUGAAGACGACGAUGAGGACGAUGAAGACGACGAUGAUGACGAAGACAAAACUGUUUCACCAAAAGAUGCUAAACGUCUUCGAAAACAAAAUCGAAGUCCUAAAAAGUCGGCAAACAAAGAAUGUAUUCAUCGAGAUUGUCCAGGUUAUGAUUCUGUCAAGCCACGAAAAUCACUUCUGUUGAAAAAAAGAAAGACUGGAAAAUCGGUGAUUGAUUGCAUGUUGGAAGAUGAAUUUGACGAUGACGAAGAUGACGAUGAAGACGACGACGAUGAUGAAGAGGAAGAUAACAAGAAUCAAGAUGAAGACGACGAAGAUGAUGAUCUGGAGCACAAAGUCACUGACAAGUAAGUUUUUUAUAUCUAAUUUUGGUAGAACACAUUUAUUUCCUUAAAAAUUCCAAAAAAAUUCAAAAGCAUACCUUAUCACAUUCCAGUUCUGUUGAAUUUUCAGUCAGUGUUUGUUACAGAGCAAGUAGUUCAUCAUACAAACGUCACGCAAUCACAACCAAAGAAGAAAUCGGUUUCCGCAACAUUUUGGAUCGUGCCGACAGUCUUGUUGAGAAGGUAAAGAAACCAUCGUCGAGUCGAAAACUUGUCAAAACUGGCAAACGGUGAUUUGUCGAUACGUUUUUUCUGUGCCAUGUUUGCGGGUGCUCGUAUUCAGAGGUUCUAUACAAUUAAAUCUUUCUUCUUUUUUUCUCCUUUUUUUGUUUCGUAGAAUUGUCUAGUCAUCCAGAUUGAUUUUUUCUUGCAUCGGAUCGGAUAAAUCGUUUUUUUUUGAAUAAUGGAUUUAUUGAAUGCGCUCUUACUUAUAUUCUAUGUUCAAUGUUUAACAGAAUGCUCAAUUUAACUUUUUUGUUGAGAAAUCUUACAGACAAAAUUCAAAAAAAAUCUGAAAUUUCAGCAUCGAUAUGAAGAAGCUAUUGAUUUGUUUGAUCAUGUUAUCACAGUUUAUCCAGCUUCUACUAGAGCCUUUUUCGGAAAAGCAAGAGCAUAUGACAUUCGCGGUGAAAUUGAGGCAAAUGAGAUUGAUCGUGAUAGAGCUAUCGCGAUUUACGAGAAGAUUCUACAAAAUCCAGCAACACCUGAAGCACUUUUCAAGCAAGCUGCUCAAAAAUUGAUUGAAAGAACCAGAUUCCGCGGACUUCUUCAUAGAACACUCAAUGCUCAUAGACUCUAUAUUGACAGGUGUGUUCCAAAUUCUCACAGGUUUUUUUUGAAACAGCUAUUAUUUAAAAAAAAAUUUAGAUUCCCGGAAGAGCUGGAUUUACAAACGGAUUUUGCUAUCACUUUUGUGAUGAUGAAAAGAUAUGAAGAUGCUAGAAGUAUUUUGCGAAAUGUGUUAGCUAGGGAUCAAAACAAUGUUGUCGCACUCGCUUAUUAUGGUUAUAUUCUAAAGGCACAUGAUGAUAAAAUUGAACAAGGUGUUGCUUUAAUGCGGAAGAGUUUGAAAUUGGCUAAUGAUGAGAUCAAGGAUCCAAAGUUCUUCUAUCAACUUGGACACGGUUUGACAACUCUUGGUAAAAAGACAGAGGUUUGUGUGAUGUUUUGCUCUCUCUCAAUCUUUAAUAUUUUUAGGCCGAUGCAGUUUACCAAAAAGCUGCACAAAUGGGAGUUUUCAUGACGGCUCAACAAAGAAGUUUGUAUAAUAUUGAUGGACUGACAGCUCGACCUUGGUGGAGUGUUGAUCAAACUCCAUAUUCCAAGUUCUUAAAGGUAAAUUCACAUGUUUUUUAUAAAAACAUUUUUAAACACAUUGAAAAUGUUCAGGGAAUUGAAAGACAAUGGGCUACUGUUCGACAAGAAAGUAUGGAAGUAUUACGAGAAUCUGGUGAUUGUUGGUUAGAUCAUAAUCAACAAUUAGUCAUCGAUGGACAAUGGAAAUUCUUCCCAAUCAUGUCAGAAGGUCAAUUUGUGAAAGCAAAUUGUGAAAAACUGCCACAAACCUGCCUCAUCCUUCAAGAAUUCACAUCUUCCACAAACGCAAGCAAAUCUGAAAUGUACUUAUCAGUGUUGUCGUCUGGCGGACAAAUUCUACCACAUUGUGGACCAACAAAUUAUCAUCUUCAAGCUCAUUUAGGUUUAGUUUCACCUUCAGAAGCUAGAAUACGAGUCGGAAAUGAAACAAGAGGUUGGAGAUCGGGAAAAUUCAUCGUGUUUGAUGAUUCGUUUGAACAUGAACUUCAAUUUGAUGGUGCUUCAUCUUCGGCUUUCCGACUUGUUUUAGUUUUGCAAUUAUGGCAUCCUGAAGUUCAGCCACAUCAACGCGUAUUGUCAUUCCUCAAUUAA